AUGUCUUCAGAGACAGAUCCUCUUCUACCUCGUGGGAAUACAGCCCCUGAAAUUUCGGGCUACGGUUUCUCAAAGUCUUCCCAGUCGCAGUAUCAGAUCCAAAAUGAAGUCCUCGACUAUCCAGAGGACAUCGAAGACAAGAGCGAGCAAAAAACACGUCUGAGCUAUGGCGAUAUCUCUCCCCUCCGAACCCUCCUUGUUAUCUUUAUUAUAGUCGUGGGUCUCGCAAUGUUUGUUUCUUUGCUCAUACCCGAUGCCUUCAACCCUCCAUGGAAUAAGGCCCCCGAAGACGAUGACUUGACAGUCAAGGCCAGGGUUGAUAAGAUCUUAGCAGAAACGCCUCUGAUAGAUGGUCACAAUGACCUUGCCUUUUUGAUACGUUACGCUUUUCAGAAUAACAUAUAUGACAAGAAUUUUACAGACAAGUGGGAGGACGGUGGAAUGCCCGCCCAAGUUGACCUUCCUCGCCUGAAAGACGGCAGAGUUGGAGGAGCCUUCUGGUCAGCCUUUGUACUGUGUCCUAAAAAUGGCACUGACUUUUCGGAUGGGAAUUAUGCUGAAGCCGUAUCCACGACACUUUCACAGCUGGAUCUUCUUCGACGCUUGACGGCAGCCUACCCGAAAGUGUUCUCCUCCUCAAAUAUCGAUAGUAGCAGUGCUCUGGCUGCUUUCAAAGACCACCAUCAGCUUAUCUCGCCAAUAGGUAUAGAAGGGUUGCAUCAAAUUGGCAACUCGUUUUCAAACCUUAGACUUUACUAUUCGCUAGGUGUCAAAUACGCUACACUGACGUGGAAUUGCCACAAUGCUUUUGCAGAUGCAGCACUCACUACGGACUCUUCGGGGCGGACUGUUGCAGGUCACGUUUACUGGCGUGGUCUGAGCAAAGCCGGCCGGGUCAUGAUCACGGAAAUGAACAGAUUGGGUAUGCUAGUCGACCUCUCACAUGUCAGCAAGGAUACGAUGCUGGACGUCUUGGGAGCUCGUCCGGAGAAGGGUAAUGGCAGCAUCGCUCCUGUUAUCUUUUCCCACAGCUCGGCAUAUGCCCUGUGCCCACACCCUCGUAAUGUCCAAGACGACGUGCUCCAACUAGUCAAGAAAACGAACUCAAUCGUAAUGGUCAAUUUCUCACCCGACUUCAUCUCUUGUCUCCCGUCAGACUCCGAGACUGGCAUACCAGACUUCUAUCCCCCGAAUGCUACUCUUCACCAAGUCGCAAGACACGUCACCUACAUUGGGGAUCUGAUUGGCUAUGACCACGUUGGCUUGGGAAGCGACUUUGACGGUAUUCCUAAGACUCCUGAGGGAUUAGACGAUGUCAGCAAAUACCCGGAUCUAGUGGCCGAGCUUUUGAAGAUGGGGGUUUCAGACGUGGAUGCUGCUAAAGUGGUGGGACUGAACAUCUUGAGAGUGUGGGGAGAAGCCGAAAAACAAGCUAUGAAAAUGCAGGGACAUGGCGUUUUGCCAGCGCAGGACUUUGUCGAGAAGAUUUCGUUUCCAUAA